UUAAAUUGCACAUAUUGCUGGGAUCUGUGGGAGAGCAGCUCUUCACAGGUCUCAAGCAAGGCCUCUCUGAGCAGGGUCAGAUUAUAAGCGAUGUAUCUUGGAGCAAAACAAGGGCCUAAUGACUACUCUGCAGUGAGAAAGGAGACCCACUGUUGUGCACUGACCUCUACAGCAAUAGCUCUUCGCUGAUGCACAGACUGCAAUACAACAAUUAUGAUCAGCGUGAAUGAAACAUGAACAGCAAUGCAUAUGUGAAACCACCAUAAAAGCAGUGAGGCAAGGGUUAAAAAAGUGACCAAAAACACAGCUGAGAGCAGUAAAACUGGUAAACACUGAGGGCUGUGCAGUGCAAACAGAGCAGAAGGGCUGUGCUCUGGGAACAGAAGGAUGGCUUCUGAAGCUAGGUCAGAGUACACUGUAAAUGCCAUCCCUGCCCCUGCUGUCACAAGAAGGAGGCAGAAUGUAGCCAUGGAGAUACGCAAAAUAAGGAAACAAAUUGUGGAACAGCCCUGCUUAAGAUAAAUGUCAGAUGAAGUAAUCAAGAAUUGGUGGGAAGCAACCAAUACAUUAAUCUAACUCCUGAUCAGAAGAGAUCCACCCAGGGAGCGCUUUGCCAGAGAAUGCCAAGAGACAGUGAGGGAUGAGCAGCAGUAGUGAGAACUGGACAGGGCAUGUUCUCUGGCACACAAACCCUCCUGGCUGUGCCAUUUGGACACAGGUCUUGGAGUUAUCAAGUAUGCAAGUGUGAGAAAAUUAUAGAACAAAUAGAAUAUCCCUGAGUUGGAAGGGACCUAUCAGGACCAGAGUCCAAUUCCUGUCCCUGCAAAGGACACCACAACUAUCACACCCUGUGCCCCAGGGUGUUAUCCAAAUGUACCUUGUACUUAGGUGUGAGCGAAACAUAUGAGAAAAUGAUAAUGUGGGCCCAAAGUCAUUAUUUCUUUCUAAACAAAUAUUAUUUUCCAGUUCUUUGAUGCCUCACACCAAGCUCUGUUUAAUUCCUACACCUUCAAGCCUCCCAUGGGAAUGGGGGGACAGUACUUGAUCAUAGCAAGUUACAACCUAGAGCCAAGCAGGAAAACCUCGCCUCGAGCAGCGAGCAGCCAGCCCGCAGGUCCGGUGGUUUGUGGCGGGCACGUUCUGAGGGCGGCACAGGACGGGAGCACCGCGACACCCCCCGCUCCGCCAUGGCCGCGGCCGCGCGCGGGGUCUCGCGAGAGCUCGCGCUGCCGUUGGUGCCGGCGCGGGCGGGCGGGGCCGCUUUGAACCGCGGCGGGCCCGGGCCGGGCGCGUCAUGGCACCCGAGCGGCCCGCGGGGGAGCGGGGCGAUGCUGCCGGCCCCGGCGCCGCCUCAGCCGCCGGCCCGACGCGCGUCGAGGUCCCCCGGCCCCCCUCCAUCGAGGAGUUCACCAUCGUGAAGCCCAUCAGCCGCGGCGCCUUCGGGAAGGUGUACCUGGGCCGCAAGGCGGGCCGGCUCUAUGCCGUGAAGGUGAUGAAAAAAGCAGACAUGAUCAACAAAAAUAUGGUUCACCAGGUGCAGGCAGAGAGGGAUGCAUUGGCUCUCAGUAAAAGUCCUUUCAUUGUGCACUUAUACUACUCACUUCAGUCAGCAAACAACAUCUAUUUAGUGAUGGAGUACCUUAUUGGUGGAGAUGUCAAAUCUCUUCUCCAUAUUUAUGGAUAUUUUGAUGAAGAAAUGGCUGUUAAGUAUAUUUCUGAAGCAGCAUUGGCUCUUGACUAUCUUCAUAGGCAUGGAAUAAUCCACAGGGAUUUGAAGCCAGACAAUAUGCUCAUUUCUAAUCAGGGACAUAUAAAGUUGACAGACUUUGGGCUUUCCAGAGUUACUCUGAAUAGAGAAAUAAAUAUGAUAGAUAUCCUUACUACCCCAUCAAUGGCAAAGCCAAAACAGGACUACUCACGUACUCCAGGACAAUUGUUGUCUCUCAUCAGUUCUCUGGGCUUUUAUACUCCUCCUGUAGGAAUGAAAGUGCCAGGGCCCAAAUCAAGUCAGUCAUCUGACAGUCUGCAUGGAGUGGUUUCUCCUGUACCUGUGGCCCAAAAGGAAAAUACCCCUCGUUCAACUAAAUUAUUCAGAACACAUCUGGAUAAUUCUCAAUUAACACCUGUGAUGCCAGCGAGGAGUUUAACUCCUACUCUGCUUCAGUCAAGAAACAGGUUUGGUUCCUCCAGUGUCAGUAGUCAGUCUCACACACACAUGUCCAGUGUGGAAUCAGAAAAGUGGAGCAGCCCCAGGUGGGGGAAAGAUGUAGAGCAAAAUGAAGAUGAACCUCAUUCUACAACACGCAAAACCAGUAACAGUGAGUCAGAUGUCCUUUCAAAUGUUUUGUUGCCAAAUAGCAAAGGUAUUGAAGUUUUAAAGAGAAAAGAACUUGAGUCUGCCAUUUCUCCCAUUGCCAGUGAUGAUUCUGGCAGUAGGCAGAAGAUGGGAAGUGAACGUUUGGAUAUAACAGAUACUCCCGUGAGCACUCUGGAUGUGAAAGGCAUAGUAAGAAAGUGUAUUUCUGAAAAUAAGAUUUGGAAAGAAAAAGUCUUUGUAAAUAAAAGAGACACUAGUUAUGAAACAGCAGAGACUUCCAGGUUACAACAGUCACUUUCAAGGCAGAAUGAGCCUGUCAAAGAGGAAGAAAUGUUUGAAAAGCCAGGUGUAAAAAGAAGCUUUGAAUCAGUUGACACAAGUCCUUGUCAGGAACUUAAUUAUGUUAAAAAAAGCAAUGCGGAAUAUAAACGUGGCUGUCAGAUCUCAGAAUUUCCAGCAAACAAAGGGACAGGUUUGACAACAGAAAUUCAAUCCUUAAUGCUUUGUAAUGAUGGAUGCCUAUGUGACAGCUGCAAAAGCAAGGAAGAAAUUAAGAGUUUUGUUAGUAACCAGGAAACAGUAGAAAGAUCACUUACUCCAACUGUAGCUAAAAAUCUUAUGUGUGAUCUGGAUGCAGACUGUGGAAAGGAUGAUGAAAAGGAGUACAUGAGCUCAAGUUUUUUAUGCACUGAUGAUGAAAAACCUUUAGAUGUCUUCAGUGCAGAUUCUGACAUACUUCCUGAAGUGUCUGUUACAGAAAGCCAUCUAGAAAAACAGCUUUUAGAUUUGGACAGGAGUGUUAAAGACCUCUCCUUUGAGGAAGCAAAACCUGAAGGUGUGCUAAUAACAUCACCAGAGUCCCGAGAUGCCGCACAGGAUGGAGAGGAGGCACACACAGUCCAGGACUGCAAGCCAUUACAUCAGAAAAAGGAUAAUGACCAGAAGCACAUGGAUGAAACUUACCUUGACACAGUAUCUUCUCCUUCAGAAAAGAUGAUGGAAGCACUGAGUCUCUUUAAAAAAAAUGCUGUUGUUUUUCGGAGUUAUAAUAGUCCAAUUAAUGUAUCCAAUAUAUCUGAGCCUUGCAGCAUGGCUUCCUUAGAUAUAAUGGAUCUUUCACCUGCUUGCAGUGGCUCUUACCCAACAGCUAUCACUCCAUUACAGAAAGGAAGACCAUAUCACAUCUAUCAGACCCCUCUUCGAGGGGAUGCAGGCACACCAUACAGAACUCCAAAGAGUGUUCGAAGGGGAGCUGCCCCUGUAGAAGGUGAACGCAUCCUGGGGACCCCAGACUACCUGGCACCUGAGCUGCUUUUGACACAGCCUCAUGGUUCUGCUGUAGACUGGUGGGCCCUUGGAGUUUGUCUGUUUGAGUUUCUAACUGGAAUUCCACCUUUUAAUGAUGAAACACCAACGCAAGUCUUCCAAAAUAUUUUGAAAAGAGAUAUUCCCUGGCCUGAGGCUGAAGAAAAGCUGUCUGAUAAUGCCCAGAAUGCAAUAGAUAUUCUUCUAACAAUUGACACUACUAAGAGGGCUGGACUGAAGGAACUGAAGCAUCAUCCCCUCUUUCAUGGGGUGGACUGGGAUAAUCUCCAGAAUCAAACUAUGCCAUUUAUACCUCAGCCGGAUGAUGAGACUGACACCUCUUAUUUUGAAGCUAGAAACAAUGCUCAGCACCUGACUGUGUCUGGAUUUAGUUUGUAGCAUCAAGAUAAGUGACCAUUCUCCAUUUGCACACUUAGAUGUUCUCUUGUAAACCCUAGUUUGGUCUUGACUGAGUUUCCUUGCUGAAUUUAGUGUGUUUCAAGUUGCCAGUCUAUUUUUAUUAUAGCCUCCUUUAUUCUAAAGUGAAACUACUGUAUGAAACUGGUAUCAAGUGCCUUCAUGCUACUUUUUAUUUCACUGCACCUUACUAAGAGGCCAGAGCAUUGUGUUUCUUGGAGCUAGUAACUCUGGGCAGUAAAAAGCUCCAUGGCUUUUUAGCAAUUAAUUAUUCCAGUUAGGAAGCGUGGCUUUAUUUCCCAGCUAAACAUAACAGGGAAAGGAUAUAAAUUGUAAUUGUAUCUAAUUAAUAAUUUACCUGUUAGUGGUUCAGUGUGGUGGCAAGCUGGUUUGGGAGCAGUCCUUUCUGACCAGUGUGAAUAUAUGUCCACUGUGCAAAAUUGGUCAUUUCUAUUCAAGUUGGAAAAUUGAAAUCUUAAUGCAGCAUUGAAAUGUCUUGUCUUCUGUUUGUCUUAUUCCCAAGAAGGGAUGAGAAGAUACAGUUGUGUCCCAGGUUAAUUUGGCUAGAAGUAGCACGUGAGACUGGCAGGAGUUCCUCUGGUUAUUAUCCUGUUCUAGAGAAACGGGGCAGGGAGAUGAUACUUGGGGCAAGUCUGUUAAACAAAUGCUCUGCUUGAGUUGUUGUAUUGUAGCCAUUUGGGAUGUAGGAAGCUGGACUGGAUAUACAUUUUAUCAGUUACUGGUUUUAUAUAGAAAAUGUCCAGUGUUUGUGUGUGCUCACUUGUGUCAGGUGACAGGUGAUUUUUUGUUUUCCAGCAAUAGUAUUCAUACUGAAACUGCCAAAUAUUGAAGACCAUAAUAUAUUGUAGGCUAACAGACUGUUCUGUAAACUCACAGCCAGAGCUUGGGAUUUUGACUAGAAUAUAAGAUAGAAGUGUAUAUUCUGUAUAAGCCUGAAUUAGGGAUAAGUAUAUUUAAGUUUAUCUUUAAAUGCAAUACAAAACUUGUGGCUGCUAGGUUUUAGAGGCUUAUUUGUAGAUAAUCCUAUUUAAAUAAUUGUCAGUAUUUUUCUUACAUAGGUGUGUCUAACUUAAAGGAGAUUUUCAUUUUUCAGGUUAAUACAUUUUAGAUAAAGAUCAUUUGUCCUACAUGGUGUUGCCAGCCAAGGGCCAUGUACCAGAAACCAAACAUUUUGCCAGAGAUUUUUGCCAAGUGCCUUCUGGUUUCAUUAACUGACUCUUUGUAGCGGUAGUGAGUUGUCCCUUCCUGGAAGACAAGAAUUAUUGAUGGAAUUCUGAGCAAAUAGUGUCUGCCAGGCUUCCUGCUGUACCCUCAGGUUGCUGGGAAAGGAAUGGGAAUGAUGAAGAAAAAAGUCUUUUUCCUAGAAAGACUUAAAAAGAGCUGAUGCUUAAUAGCUCAGAAUGACCAAUCCCAGCUCUUGGUGUGAUAACUCAAAUUUGGCAAGUUGCAAAACAUGCAGUGAAUCUCACUCCCUUUACUAAGGACUGCAGUUUCAGAAAACUUCUAAAUUGUUCAGUCUCACUGCAAUUGUUACAUGACAGAAAAGGUGCAAACAAAUUAAUGCACUACUGAAGCAGUAUGUGGUAUGGACACUCUCUGAAAGUGACAAGUUCUUUAGUGAUUUUCCUGUGUACAGUUAGAAUGAUAAACUGGGGUAGGAGGAUACCUUAAUUACUGGUAUUUUAUGCAACUUAUUCUUCGAUUUCUAGUAAUCUAGUUUAAGAAAGCAAGUCUUACAAGAAUUAACUAUGAUUAUUUGUGGAGGAAAUAAUAUAAAGUGAACACCACGACAGCUCUUUGUCUUCAGUGCUUUACAGUGGUUACACCUGUUCCCUUUUGGCAGUAUAACACAUUGCCAUCAAGGUGGCACUGGUAUCAUCUUUUCUAACCCCUUGAAAUAGUUCUGAAUCAUCUACAAGGGUCAAGUAAGCUUCUAUUAAAAACUUAUCCUAAAAGAAAAUAAUGGAGUUUCUACCAGUUGAUUAAUAAAAUACAAAAACAUAGAAUCUAUAGAACAGUAAAUAGGCCAAUUGACAUAUCUGAAUGUUUAAUAUGAAGUUAUCACUACACUGCUGUCCAAAAUUUGAAUUUUGCACAAUUAGCCCUGAAAAUAUUGCAAUACCUUGUUCUCUUUAUUAUCUUGCAUUUAUUCUAUAACAAAUAUGGAGUUGAAUGUCAGGUGUUGACUGAGAUUUGUGAUGUGGUUUUGUUAGCUGUGAAAUGUUUUGGUUGGUGGGGCUUUUAUCUUUCCUAAAAAGGUGAAUCCUAGCUUUAUUGUUCAGCAUGAAAUUCCUUAUCAACUCAAUCCCAUUGGUUUUGCUCCACUUGUUGCUUGAUUUGAAAUACUACAGGUAAAAGUUUAAAUCUAUAAUGUAGUAGCUGAAAUAUAUUUAAAGUUUCUUCUCAUUAGUAAUGAGCUAUAAAUAAUUGUGCAGGGUGGCAAAAGUUUCUGAUCCUCAGAAACUGUGGAAUACCACUUGGCAAGUACUCCAGCUAUUACAUGGUGCUCCCUGAAGGCCUAAACUUUAUGUGUAUAACCUACACAAACUCUGUAGCGUCCUGGUAAUCUUGUGAGAUAGUUUAUCAGCCAUUAGCAUAGACCAUCUGAAAACUACUGGAGAGAUCAGCAUUGUACUUUGUUACACAGAAGCAGCAGUCUUGGACAGUUAUUCCCAGCCCUUACGUGCUGUUGGGCUCACAUGCACGUGGGGCAGUGUGCAGGGCCCAAGGUGCUGAAGUGCUGCCAUGUGUUGUUCAGCUCAGAGGUUCCAGUUUCAGCAUGACUGGGUUUACCCAUGGUUACUUUGGCAAUAAAAUGCACUUUUCCUCUCCAUUCUCCAAAAGUUCACUUUGCACUUCAAAAUUUACACUUCAAAAAUUCACUUUACUUUUGUGUAAAUAUAUAAAAUAAAAUAGGGCAGUUGUACUGUUGUUUCUGCA